CUAAUAAGUCGCGGGAUGUAUUGUAGCAAACCUCUCCUUAUGACUGGGCUAUAUGACGGGAGAGAGAUGAAAUUUGUGGGCCGUUGGAUGAAAAGUCUGAGAGGCGGGGGUGGGAAGGGGAUACACGGCAUCAUCGGCAAGGGCGAGUUCCCUUCCUUCUCUCUUUCCCAUCAUCGCCCUCAGCGGCUGAGAUUCUUGUGCCGCGUGGGAGAGAUGGCAGAGAAGGAGCCGAUAUCUGACAAAGCCAAAGACGAGAUCGAGAAGAAGAAGAAGGAAGAAGAUGAAGUAGAAGAAUCCCCGCCAGAGAAGCCAUUGCCGGGGGAUUGCUGCGGGAGCGGCUGCGUUCGGUGCGUCUGGGAUUUGUAUUACGAAGAACUUGAGGAUUACAACAAUCGGCAGAAGCAGAAGAAAAACGGAUGAUGACGGAGAUGGUGGACCUUUCCAAUCUUCCUCCCUGUAAACCAUGUUCUUGAUCAGAUCCGUCCAUCAGAUCUUCCCUUCCUCUUAAUCUCUUUCGUGUUGUCCGAUCUGAUCGGCUAUUUUCUUCGUCUUUGUUUGAAUUUUUUGCUUUGAUUUUUUGUUUGUAUAAGUGGGGCCCGCAGUAUGGUGAUCCAGGACGUUGGUCUCGUGGAACACGAUAGGUAACAGAUGAAUAAGGUGGAGGCCAUACCUUCCCCAAAAAAAUUGAUAGGGAAGAGGCCGGGCCAUAUUGAUGAAAAGUGAUAGUUUUAGGCUAGGGAUUCGACCGUAUGGUAAGGUCCAUAAGAUGGCAUCUUAUUCAACCAUUGGUUUUUCUUUUUUCUUUUUUAAUUUAAUAACUAUGUACUUUUUCUAUCAAUUUGUAACAUCUUAAAAAAUGCAAUGCAUAAAAAUUAAGUUUUUUGGAUGAUUA